GCUUUCUUGGUUAAUCAAAACAAGCUUGUUUGUGGUCUUAUACUAGAGUUUUGAAAUGGUCAAAUUCUGCCUGGUGAUAAGUCGUGGAUAAAUAUCGAACAAAAGGCCUCCAUGACAUAUGUGCGAAGGGCUAUGAGAUUCAUUUUGUUUGCCUCAAAUCACCUAGAUGAAGAUGGAAAAAUCACAUGUCCUUGUAUGAUAUGUGUUAAUGGGCAGUCUAUGUACCCACAGGAUGUCUUUGAUCAUAUCAUAUGCAAUGCAUUUCUUAGGGGCUAUGUCAACUGGGGAUUGCAUGGUGAGGGUGUUGGAUCAUCAACACCUGAGGUUGAAAUUAACAAACAAGAUGAGGGCUUUCUUCAUGACAUACAUGGUUUGUUGAGUGAUGCAUUUGGUAUGCAUGCUGCAAAUACUAAUAUUAAUGGUGGCAUGAAUAUUGAUCUGGAUGGAACAUGCAUUGAAACAAGAGAUGACCAUGGACAAUAUAGUCAAUUUGAAAGCAGUGAUGCAGAUAUGUUUUUUAAAUUGCUUAAGGAAGCUGAGCAAGAAUUGUAUCCUAAUUGUAAGAUGUCAAAGCUGCCAUUCUUAGUACGCUUGUACCACAUAAAAUGUCUUAAUGGGUGGAGUAAUAAAUCAUUGUCCAUGCUAUUGGAGUUGUUAAAAGAGGCGUUACUUGAUGGAAACACACUACCUACUACUUAUAAUGAAAUGAAGAAAAUAUUUUUAGGUCUCGGUUUAAGGUAUGAGAAAAUACAUGCUUGUCCAAAUGGUUGUGUGUUAUUCUGGAAAGAUUGUGAAAAUCAACAAGAAUGCGAUGUGUGUGGUGCCUCUAGAUGGAAGGAAAGUAGUGUUGUUGUGGAAGAUAAGGGAGAGAAUUUUAGUAGUACUAAGAAAAAAAAUAUUCCAGCAAAGGUAUUACGUUGGUUUCCUUUAAAACCAAGGUUGCAAAGAUUAUUCAUGUGUUCAAAAACAGCUUCUUUGAUGAAAUGGCAUGAAGAAGGGUGCACCAAAGAUGGAUUGAUGAGGCAUCCUACAAAUUCCCCAGCAUGGAAAGAUCUAGAUUCUCAACAUCCAGAAUUUUCUGCUGAUCCAUGUAAUGUUCGCUUGGGGUUAGCUUCAGAUGGUUUCAAUCCAUUUGGGAUGAUGACAGUAUCUCAUAGCACAUGGACUCCUUUAACAGAAGAAUUAAAAGAAUUGUGGGACGAAGGAUUGAAAACUUGUGAUGUCUCUGUUAAUCAAAAUUUCAUAAUGCGAGCAGUGGUAUUGUGGACUAUUAGUGACCUUCCUCGGCUCUCUAGUCUCUCUGGGUAUAGUGCUAGAGGGAUGAAUGCUUGCCUCUACUAUGAAGCUGAUCACAUUUAUCGUCAAGAUGCGCAAUCAUUUGAUGGAACUUGCGAAACAUGUCCAGCACCUAUGAGGCUAACGGGGUCUGAGGCGUUAAGGCAAUUAGAAUGCAUAGAAGAUGAAUACAACAAUGGCAGCAUGCAACCUUGGAAAAGAAAGAGCAUCUUCUUUCAACUGCCUUAUUGGGAACAUCUUUUAUUGCGUCAUAAUAUUGAUGUGAUGCAUACAGUGAAAAACAUAUUUGAUAACACGUGUGGCACCAUCACAGGCCAACAGGGGAAGUCUAAAGAUAAUUAUAAAGCAUGAUGUGAUUUAGAAGACAUGGGAGUGGAGUGGUUAGUUUAGUGCUGUUAGUGGAAUUGUGGGUGGCUUUACAUGGUCUAUGAAUUGGAGUUAUUCUGGAAUACUUUGUAAUGACCAACCAAAUCUCUUCUAGUGGGAGAAGCAGUAACGGUGGUACUCUAUUCUGUUCUAGAUCAAGCACAUCAAUAGAUAUCACUAUGACUU